UGGGCAUCAACUGAUAUUUGGCGUUGGAGGAGCCUCCCAGCAUUGAAGUUGAGCCAAUCCAAAAGUCCCCACUCAUGGGUUCUGACACGAAAUUACCAACAAAACAAACAGUGCCUUGUCACAUCUGAUCACAGUCCAUUUCCAUGUGCCCCCGUUGCUGCCCUGAACCACUAGGGUUUUCUUCCCCCUCGCUUAUGCCCCCAAUUUCCUGAUCGAUUCUCCUUCUUCCUCUUCGAUCUCCUAUGGAUAAGCCUCUCCACCUCCUGCCGGCUUCCCCCAUGGACAAGCCCUCUCUUCCCGACGCUCAAAGACCGGCCCUUGACCGUUCUGACCCGACUCUCGACUUGAUGACCGUCGAUCCCUGCCGGUCUGCCGGGGAUGCCCAGGAUUCCCGGCUUCUCCCGGUUCCGGUCGCACUUGACCGCGAUGCUGAUGUGGCCGUGACGCAGCACGGUUGCUUGCCCGACAUGAAACUCAAGGUUGAUGUGAAGGUUGCGGACGGCAGCUCGGCCAAAAGGAAGCGAGGCCGGCCGGCCAGGGGUACUGCUAGGGAACCGCCAUUGAAGAAGAAUAGGGACGAGGAGGAUGUCUGCUUCAUCUGUUUCGAUGGUGGGAGCCUUGUUCUCUGUGAUCGCCGGGGUUGUCCUAAAGCAUACCACCCCGCCUGUAUCAAGCGAGACGAGGCAUUCUUCCGUUCCAAGGCCAAAUGGAAUUGCGGUUGGCAUAUAUGUAGCAUAUGUCGGAAGGCAUCCCAUUAUAUGUGCUAUACAUGUACAUAUUCUUUGUGCAAGGGUUGUAUAAAAGGCACCGAUUUUCUCUGUGUCAGAGGGAAUAAAGGUCUGUGCGGGAUAUGCAUGAGGACCAUAAUGCUCAUUGAGAACAGUGCACAGGGAAAAAAGGAAACGUGUGAAGUGGAUUUUGAUGACAAAAGCAGUUGGGAGUAUCUUUUCAAGGUGUAUUGGCUGUACUUGAAAGAGAAACUAUCCUUAACGUUAGAUGAGAUCCUUCGAGCUAAAAAUCCAUCGAAAGGAGCUGCUGCUAAUGGUUCUAAGUUAGAAAUGCCUCAUGAAAUUCAUAUGCAUAAAGAUGACAAGGGUUCUGGGUCAGAGAACUCCUGUAUAGACAUAGAAUCAAAUAAUUUAGAGAAUAACCAUUGUAAUAGACAGCCAAGGCUUGUUAAUAAGGAGGACUGCCCAAAUAUGAACACUUCAGCUCGUGACAAAGAGGCAUCUAUGGCUGAAAGCACAAAAUGGGCAUCGAGGGAGCUUUUAGAGUUUGUUGCACAUAUGAAAAAUGGCGAUACAUCUGUCCAAUCUCAACAUGAUGUUGAGGCUCUUUUGCUGGAGUAUAUAAGGAAAAACAAUCUUUGUGAUCCUCAACAGAAAAGCCAAGUUGUUUGUGAUUCAAGACUAGUCAAUUUGUUCAGAAGAGAGCGUGUAGGUCAUUUUGAAAUGUUAAAGCUUCUUGAAUCUCAUUUUCUUAUAAAAGAUGAUGCCUCUGCCAACAUUAUAAGGUCAGGACCGAUUGAUGAUGUUGCUAGUCAGAUGGAGGUUAAUGACAAUGGUAAUGAUCAGCCAAUUGUGGCCAAUGAUAAGAGACAGAAAACACGGAAAAGGGCUGAAGUGCUGCUUGAUAAUCCGGACGCGUAUGCUGCAAUAAAUGCUCACAAUGUAAACUUGAUUUAUGUGCGGCGGAAUCAGAUGGAGAAUCUAAUUGACGAUUCUGAGAACUUUAGAGACAUGGUUGUUGGUUCAAUUGUGCGGAUAAGAGUCUCUAGCAGUGAUCAAAAGCAAGAGAUGUAUAGGCUUGUACAUGUCAUAGGUACCACCAGUAUUGCUGAAUCUUACAAUAUUGGCUCAAGAACAACAGGCAUUGUGCUUGAAAUUUCUAAUUUAAACAAGAAAGAGGUCAUAAAAAUAAGUGAGAUUUCAGAUCAGGAUUUCUCUGAGGAUGAAUGCAAACGGUUACGACAGAGCAUAAAAUAUGGGUUUUCAAAAAGAUUGACUCUGGGAGAGCUUCUGGACAAGGCAUUGACACUUCAGGCAAUGAGAGUUAAUGAUUUGCUGGAAGGCGAGAUACUGCAGCUUAACGAUCUUCGUGAUAGAGCAAGUGAAAAGGGACAUAGAAAAGAGCUGAGAGAGUGUGUGGAGAAGUUGCAAUUACUGAACUCAUCUGAGGAACGCCAGCGAAGGCUGCAAGAAAUUCCGAAAGUAUACUCUGAUCCAAAUAUGGACUCAAUGUUUGACUCUGAUGACGAUGCUGAAAAGUCAGAUGAAAGGAAGCAAGAUGACAAUAUACAGUCUAAAAAUUCUGGAUUUAAUAGAAGAGAGAGGGAGCCUAGUUCUCCAAGAAGUGAGGGUGGUGGGUGCAGAGCACUAGACUUUUUGGUCACUGCUCAUGAGCAGAUUGGGAAUACAUGUACAGUGAAGAACCAGACCAGCCCAAGUGACACAGGAAAUGGCGAUAGCAAUAAUUUAGUAGUGGCAACGUCAGGGUCAUCUGCUGUUGCUUCGGACCCUCCAUCCUUGCCUUUCUCUACAGGAAAUGAGCAGCCAUUUAAUGAUCUUGCAACUGAUAAGGUAUGGCACUACCGGGAUCCAUCUGGGAAGAUUCAGGGACCAUUUUCUUUGCUGUCGUUGUAUAAGUGGAAUGAAAGUGGGCAUUUCCCGUCUGAUCUCAGAAUAUGGAAAAACACUGAAGAACAAGAUGACUCUAUAUUGUUAACUGAUGUAUUAAGCGGGAAGUGUUAUAAAAAUGCUUCAUUGCCAUGCAGUAGUCAGCUACUAUCCUUAGGGAUCAAGGCUGUGCAGGGUAACGAAGAUGAUAUUGAUUUGCCAAGUUGCACUCCUGUAACCAGCUCCUCAACUUGUGUGGACUCUACAUCUACCGUUGUUCCUGCAACAAAAGCAUCACCAAAAAACUCACAAAUUGGUUUUCUGGAGUUGCCUGGCGAUAAUUCUAAGCCAACUCAUUCUGAACAUACGGAUCAGUCUGCUGAAAAUAAACGUUCCUGGAGUACUGCUUCCAGCUUAGCUGGUGGUGGGACACCACUUCCUGAAGUGACUGUUGAGUGGAGAAGAUGUUCGCCAGCUCCGCCUAAUCCUUCUAUUGAGGAAUGGGACUCCAAUCUUGUCUCCGCAUCUUCAUUGAAGCCAGCUGAAACUGCUGGCGAUUGUACUGCUACUCCAUCGUCAAUAUGUGGUCAACUAACACAUUCUUCCCCUUCCAAUCCAGCCUGUAACACAUCUGCGUGGCAGGCGAUGAUGGAUGAACCGAAUGAUUUUGGCUCAUUUGGUGAAACAGUGUCAGAUCUGUUGGCAGAAAUGGAGGCAAUGGGAUCUCUCGGUGGCUUGGAAUCUCCCACAUCGAUCAUGAAAUGUGGUGAGGAAUUGACUGAGGGUUCUAAUGGCCUCAGCCCUGCAGAGGGGCUCAGCCCAAUGCCUGAUGCAGGUAAAGGGGAUGCACUGAGCUCCACAGGAGAUUUACAAUUUAACUCUCAAUCCACAGCGCCAGAGGUACCAUUAUGCCAACCAGAGGGACAUUACCAUCAAAGAAUCUCUGGAGGGCAUUCUAGCAGAAGUUCUGAAGUAGGCGGCACGAAGAAUCAUGUUUCAGGUAGUCAAUGGAGGUCAGGUUCAGGAAUUCCAUCCACAGCAGCCUGGGCCAUGCCUACAGAUGCUACUUGGAGAAUCGGGCAAGACAGCAGAAGUGGUUGGGAGGCAUCUCAUUUAAAUACAAACUUGGGCUGGGGUGUGAUGGAUAAUAGAGGAAAUGCAAACACAGGUUGGGGAGUAGGACAGGGUCCAGUGCAGGAAAACAGGAACCUAAAUUCAUACACAUCCGUAGGAACCGCAGGCGCUUGGGGGAACCAAUCUAGACAUGGCAACGAUCGAUUUUCUCCUCGUGGUAGGGAUAUGAGUAGGGGUAGACAUGUCUGGAACAGACAACCAUUCGGUGGUGGAAAUGGAGGCUCCCAAAGGCCUCCGCCCAGAGGGCAGCGAAUUUGUAAAUUUUACGAAAGUGGGUACUGUAAGAAGGGAGCAUCAUGUGAUUACUUGCACCCAUGAUUUUUGAAUCCAAAAGGCAUUAGUAACGUUUAAAUUUUUGUAAGCAUUAACAUAAUGGGAAGUUUCUCUUCCAAUUGUUGUAAUUUAACCUUUGACAGUAACAGUCAAGUGGCAUAAUUUUUUCUAGAAAACGGCUGUAGCAUCUUAUACUUU